AUGCAGUCCAACAAUCGCUACAGACCCUUCAAACAGAUAGUCCAAGCAAACUUUCCACAAAGCUUAAGUGGUAGUGAAACUGACAUUUCCACUUCAAACGAGAAUUUAUCAAACGAAGAAAAGUACGUUAUCAGACACACUCCUAGACAAGAACCUCAGGGACAAGAAAACCUCAGUGAUUCAAAGAGAAGUUCACUGAGAGAUAGUCUGCCUUCAAAUCGAAGCUCAUUAGACGUUUCUUCAUCUUCUUAUAACACUUUGAUCAUACACAGUGCUGGAGAUGAACCCUGGACUGGAAGAAACUCUGGGCCCAGGGAUGGUACCAAUAUUCCACCACCAAAUUAUUUAUCACAUCAAUCCAGUUUGUUGAGUAAUGAUCCAAAAUUGUCUCCAAUCAAUAAGAGGAAUUCUGCUUCUCCAUCACCUUCUUUGAGUAGCACAGGUGUACAGGAGAUCACCGAAAUCCCCGACGACUACCUCUCGCAGUCCUCCGUGCUGAAGCACCUGGCCAAAGAGGUGAACAAGCACCCCGUCCAGCAACAGCACGUCGACCACCUGUCGGGCGACUUCGAUCCCGCCCGCUUCGACGCCAACGAUCUGCCCGCCCCGCCCGACUAUCCCAACUGGGCGGAGAAGUCGCCGCUGCGACAGGCCGUCGAGAACCGGAAUAAAGCAAUCGUCGAGAAGCAGCCCUUGUCGAAGUCCCAGCCCGACCUGUCCAGCUCGGGGGCUCUCAAGGGCGAUGCGGGCUUCUUCAGGAGGGGGGUGAGCGCCCCGCGGCCCCCCACUAGGGGCAGGGAGGAAAACGAGGCCAAGGGGGAGGAGGAGGUGUGGCCCAGCUCCGAGAUGGUCGAGAUCCUCAUCAAGGAGAACAGCGCGCUGAAGCAGGAGCUGGAGAAUUGCUAUCUAAGGGUGGAAAGAACACAGAGGAUGGAGCAGGACAUCUUCAAGGCGCACAAGGCUCACGAGGAGCUAGUGCAGUCGUGCGAGCGACGCGAAAGGCUCGAACGAGCGGCCAGAGCCAGGUUGCAGGCCGACUGCGGCCGUUACCGGGAGAUGAACGAGGCGCUGAGGGAGCAGGUCGACCUGCUGUCCAGCCAGCUGGGGUCGCGAUCUCCCCUGCCCGAGUACGGGGGGCAGGAGCUGAGACGGGAGGUCGCUAAGCGCGACGGACUCAUCAAGCAGCUAAUAUCACAAAAUAAGGAGUUGUCUGCAGCAAAGGAAAGGCAGGAAAUCGAAUUAGCAGCACAGAGGGCCACUCUUCAGGAACAAAGAACACAUAUCGACAUUCUGGACACUGCUCUGACGAACGCCCAAGGAAAUGUCGUUCGCCUAGAAGAAGAUUGCCGCAAGAAGCAGGUGUACGUGGAGCGCGUGGCACAGCUGCAGCGCGCCCUGUCCUCCGUGCAAACAGCCAGCGAGCGCAGGGAGCAGACGGAGAAGAAGCUGCGGCUGCAGCUGGAGCGCGAGCUGCAGCGCGCUAAAGCCGCCCAGGGAGACAGGAGGGGCGGCGGGUGGGACUCGCCUGACGGGGCGGCUGGCGAACAGGUGUCGGAUCUGAAAAGGAGGCUGAGAGAAAAAGACGAGCGCAUCAUGAUCCUGGAGGGAGAGUGUUCCAAGUGGGAGCAGAGGGUACUCGAGGAAAGUACCCUCAGGCAGGCUGCCAUAGAUGCAGCCAGCAUUCCAAAGGAUGCCAAAAUAGCGGCAUUGGAAAAAACUAGUCAGGAGACCGAGAAAAUCAUCACCGAAGCGAGAAACGAAAAAAUUCGGCACAUGGAUGAGGUGCAUGCUGCACAGAAAAAAGUGGCAGAUUUGGAAUCUAGGGUGAAAGAUUUGGAAUCGAAAUUAGCGGAACGAGACGCCAUGAUCAGGGUGUUGCAAAAACACACCUACGAUAAGGACGUGUCGAGCAUGUUGGGGCGAUCUCCCCACCAUACGCCCCAUCCUAGCAUGGGAGGAGCCGAUAUGGAUCACUGCUUGGGAUCGACAGUGUCUCGAGAAGAAUUAGUGAGUAGUGUCUUGACGAAUUCAACGGCAUACGGUUCUGGCAACUCGUACACGGGCAGCGAUUCCUCUUACCACCAUAUGCCCUCAUACAGCAAGUACGAGUCGAACAAGACGUACGAUUCCACCAAGCAGAAGCUCGACAAUCAGCUGAAGGAGAUUGACAGCCAGCUGGACUCGCAGCUGCUUAGCAAGCGGGGUCUUUGCUGUUUUCCAGGAUUCACUAAUCCGGUCGCUGCACAACGAAAAGCAAAAUUACCCCAGCCACUUUUGGCGGGUGUGACCUCCAACUCGUUCUCCGAAUCGGGCGACAUCCUGCUGCUCGAGAAGCAAGGCCGCGCCUCCCAGCAACAGCGCCACCAAUCGCCGAACCGCUGCCCCGCCCCUAGCUCUCUGCCCCGCCCACCGCGCUCCUCCCUGCGCUCCGGCCUGCCCAGGCGCAUGGGCGACUACAACCGCCUGCCCGACAGCGAGAAGAAGCCCGACGAGCUCAGGGAGUCGCCCCUGAGCUCGAACGCGAGCAGCCGUCGCUCCCUGAUCCCGCCCCCGCGCAAUCUGGGCGACUACAACCGGCUGCCCGACAACGAGAAGAAGCCCGACGAGCUCAGGGAGUCGCCGCUGAGCUCGAACGCGAGCAGCCGUCGCUCCCUGAUCCCGCCGCCGCGCAAGCUGGGCGAGUACGGGCGGCUGUCGGAGAGCGGCGGCUCGAGCGCAUCGCUGCGAAAGCCGUCUCAGGGCAGGGCGAGGAGUGGGGAGAGGGACUCGGCCCUGAGCGACAAUUCGGGCGGAUCGCUGCCCGCGCACUCGAAGGUGCGGCUGUUCGGGGGCGGGUCUUUGAGGAGGGGGGCUUCCCUGGGGCGGGACGGGAAGGCGUCCACGGAUUCGGUGGGCAAUAAGUAUAGGAUACAGUUUUGA